AUGCCUCAUGCACUGCUCCGGAUGCUUCGCGGACGCAGAGGCCGAUCGCUACUCGCCGUGGCCGCAUUCGCCCUAAUAGCACUCGGCUUCCUGUGGCAGCCGUCCUCGGAAACGCUUCAAAAGUACCCCUCUUUAUCGAAUUACCGCCUUCAUUACUGGCGACCUACAUCCGACUCCUCCGUAUCCGCCGACUCGAACUCACAGCAAGACUCAUCGCUUCUUCAGCCCUCCAAUGGCACUCUAGGCUUCGAAGGCGCGAAUAGCUCCGCCGUUUCCAGCAGCUUACCGCAAAAGCCCGCCCCAUCCCUGCACCUCCUCCUGCUCGCUCCCACCGCUUCGCCCGACCUUUGCAAGACCGUCCUUUCCACCUUCCUCCUAGACUACCCGCCUCCGACGCUCAUAAACUGGAAGAAAGAGUGGAGUGGCGAGGACGCAGAUCAGGAGCGCAAUGCCGCCAAGAUCAGGGGCGUCUACGAUUACCUCCAAGACGCCAAGAACAACGUUGCGGACGAGGAUCUGGUUCUCAUAAUUGAUGGCUACGAUGUGUGGUUUCAGCUGCCGAGCGAGGUGUUGAUUAAGGAGUACCAGAGGCUUAUCGCAGAAGCUAACGAGCGGUCGCAAAGGAAACAUGGCCCAAUGGACGGCAAGCCGUGGCUUCCCCGGUUCAGGCAUAGUAUCGUGUUUGGUGCGGAUACUGCGUGCUGGCCGAAUGCGGAUAACAGUACAGCGUGCAAGGCGGUGCCGGAGUGUCCAGUGCCGAAGGACGUGCCCGGAGGCCUGGCGAUGGAUGCCGGAAUACCUCUCAACAGGCCGAAAUAUCUGAAUGCGGGCACCGUUAUGGGGCCUGCUGAGGACUUAACAGCCCUCUACGAGGAAGCCAUGAAGAGACCGCAAUACCAUCUUCAGCAUGGCGCAGACGACCAGUAUGUUUUGGCGGAAAUAUUUGGAGAGCAGGAACACACUAGGGAGUUUAUGUACCAGUCCACGCGCAGCGCCGCCGCCCACUGGAAGGACUGGCUCUCCCAACGCCUCGGCUUCUCCUCGCCCUCAACCCUUACGCAAACAAACCUCACCCUAACCGAAAACCACCGCUACGAGUACCGCAUCGUGCUCGACUACGCCUCUACGCUCUUCGCCACGCUCACCGCUUCCACUCCACCCUCGUUAGCCUUCACAACCCACACCAACUCCUCCACCUCCCUCCCGCCAUCCCUGCUCGACUCCCCGCCCCCGUUCGCGACUCCUCCCGCCGCCGACGCUGCAACCUCGAUCCCGUCGACCACGAUACCCAUCCACGACCACCUCGACGCGCUCCCCCCGCCCUCCACGCCCUGGAGCGCCCUCCCGCUGCUAACCUCCUCCAGCGGUUCCAUCCCCGCAGCCAUCCACCUCUCCACUCACCCCAACACCGCGACCAGCGCCCUCGGCCUCCCGGCGGCCCUCACGACGACAACCCUCAACCGCACCGCCAUCUGGACAAACCUCUGGCACCACCCCCGCUCCCGGUCCCUCCUGCGCCACUACUUCCGCGCGCACUCCGGCCCCGCCGCCGCCCUCCUUUCGGCCUCCACCUCGACAGGUCCCCGGGGCGGCCACGGCGGCGUCUGGACCGACCGCGCCGAGUGGCUCGGCUGGAGCGAGGUCUGUGGGGACUGGCACGAGGAGGUGUUUGGAGACGGCGCGGGCCGCUGGGGACAUGAACUCAAGGGCAUCGGCGAGGCGGAGCCGAGGUAUAAUUCUGAGGGGAAGCUGGUUAGUGGGGAGGGGGCGGAGAGGAGGGGGGGAGUUGAUUGGAAGGGGCUAGAUGGGUGA